AUGUCAGAUUUCAAGCUGAUGGAAUCGGAAGAUGAUUUGAGGCCGCAUAAGAGAAAACUAGGUUGGUGAAAAACAGGAAUCUAGAAAUAUUUUUGAAAUUGAACUUUCUAGAAUCGGAGAGGAGGAGGGGUUAACUUUUAUUAGGUUUAUUUUUCGAAGUAGGAACUUCCGACAAAAAUCGGAAGCGAAAGGGAAACUUCCAAAAUUCCGAAGUGCAUUUCUACCAGCGCUGUGGCUAGUUCACUUGAGAAAUCGGGGCAGCUUUGAUCAAUCCGACCUGAUUUUCAAGAUGCCUGAAUCAACCUUGUGAGAAUAAUCUGAUUCUAACGACUUAUUAGAACUAGUAAAAUCCAGAACCCCAUACAUCUUGAAUAAUAUCGGACCUACAUAUUCCAGUUCCUUAAAUUCGAUCAUCUCUAAUUUUUCUAGUUACACGAAGAACAUCUACCCCAGUCACACCAAAAUCACCGGAAAUCACAGAAAUCGCUGAAAAAUUUGAUAGAAGAGAAGUAAAGAAAAAUGAAAUUCGUCGACGAUUGAAAGAAGCUGAGAAAGAAAGAAUCGAAAAACAGAAAGCGGAAGAACUUAAGCAAGAAGUUGAUAGUUUGUGGAAUCAAGCGAAUUCGACGAAACAAGAUAUUAACAAUCGAAAUGUUAGCUAUUUUUCAGUAUCAAAACACUUAGACCCCAAAAUAAACUAACUUCUAGGAUCGCCUUCCAACUCCACAAACUGCAAAUCCACGCAACUUCAGUAGACGAUACAACAAUUCUCGAUAUUUCAAUUGGACAGAUGAUGAAAAUCCACCAAUAAUUGAGAAAGAGACUGAACCACCAAGGUUUGAAUUCUGAAAUAUUCAAAAUUUGAAUCAAAAAUGUUAUUCAGAAAUCGACUUACCUCACCAAUAUCUCCAGAAUAUUGUCAAUUUUGCUCAUUGACUGGUCAUUCAAAAAGUGCCGCUUGUUCUCAUGUCGAUCAUUUCAUAUCCAAACUAAAUAUAAAUUGA